UGUUAUGCAGGCCCACUUUCAUUGGAAAAGACAGGUACAACUUGCCGACGUCGUUUCGAGCGUAGACUCGGGGAGAGGGAUAGAGUCAGUCAGCUGAGAGCAACUUCUUCCUGUUUUCUCUCUCUCGCUUGGGAAUCCCUUAAACAUCAGCGAAAAAUAGAUUUUGUUUUUCCGCUGAUAAAACAUAAAAUAAAAAUAAUUUAUACGAACCCUAGCCCCGAUUUGGGACACCCAGGUCCGCUGCAACCAUGGCGAUCCGCCACCUCCUGAACGCCGCCCGCCGCUCCCAGCGCACCACCACCAAUCAAAUUCGGAGGGUUUUCUCCUCCGCCUCCGCCGUCCAGCCAUCCGCGGCGUCGCAGCCUCUCGCUCCGCCUCCCCCUACCGCUAUGAUCUACGAUCGCCUCGCCGAGUCGGUGAAGCAGAAGCUCAGGCGCCUCGAGGAGCCGGAUCCCCGAUUCCUUCAAUACUCUUCACCUCUUCCGGUACGGCUUGACCACACUGAUAUCCUCGCUGCUCCGGUUACCCGGGUCACUACCCUGCCCAACGGUCUCCGUGUUGCCACCGAGUCCAACCUUUCCUCCAAUACUGCCACCGUCGGUGUCUGGAUCGAUGCCGGCUCGAGAUUCGAAUCGGAUGAGACUAAUGGCACGGCUCAUUUCCUGGAGCAUAUGAUCUUCAAGGGGACCGAGACUCGGGAUGCCAGGGGUUUAGAACAGGAGAUUGAGAAUAUGGGCGGGCAUUUGAAUGCUUAUACCUCCAGGGAACAAACCGCAUAUUAUGCCAAGGUCGAGGACAAGGAUGUGUCGACCGCAAUAUCGAUUUUAGCUGAUAUUCUUCAGAAUUCUACUUUCGAUAAGAGAAAUAUCGAACGGGAAAGAGAUGUCAUACUCAGAGAGAUGGAGGAGGUAGAAGGUCAAACAGAGGAAGUUGUGUUUGAUCAUUUGCAUUCAACUGCAUACCAACAUUCACCCCUGGCUAGGACAAUCCUUGGACCUGCAUCCAACAUCCGAUCCAUCACCAGAGAUCACCUCAAGAACUACAUUUCCACUCAUUACUCACCUUCCAGAAUGGUGAUUGCUGCUUCCGGGAAUGUGAAACAUGAAGAUGUUGUGGAGCAAGUAAAGAAAUGUUUUACUAAGCUGUCUUCUAGUUCAGUUACCACUGCAGAUUUGGUUGCCAAAGACCCAUCCUUUUUUACUGGUUCUGAGGUCAGGAUGAUUGAUGACGAUAUUCCGCUUGCCCAAUUUGCAGUUGCUUUUGAAGGUGCAUCUUGGAAGGAUCCUGAUUCAAUUGCAUUGAUGGUCAUUCAAUCAAUGUUGGGAUCUUGGACUAAAAGUUCAGGUGGCGGAAAGCAUAUGGGCUCUGCCCUUGCCCAGAGAUGUAGCAUCAAUGGGAUAGCAGAAAGCAUGAUGGCCUUCAACAGCAACUACAAAGAUACUGGCCUAUUUGGUGUUUAUGCUAUCGCUAAGCCUGACUGUUUGGAUGAUUUGGCGUAUUCAAUCAUGUAUGAAGUAUGCAAGCUAUGUUAUAAAGUUACAGAGGAGGAUGUGAUCCGUGCUCAGAACCAGAUAAAAUCUUCUCUAGUGCUUCACUUAGAUGGGUCAAGUCCGGUGGCUGAAGAUAUAGGUCGCCAGUUGCUUACAUAUGGCAGAAGGAUUCCUUAUCCUGAGUUAUUUGCUAGGAUUGAUGCCGUAGAUGUCAAUACUGUCAAACGUGUGGCUAAUCGAUUUAUAUAUGACAAGGAUGUUGCUAUAGCUGCUCUUGGACCAAUUCAAGGUUUGCCCGACUACAACUGGUUUAGACGCAGGACCUAUUGGCUCCGUUAUUAGGCUGUUCUUAUUUAAGAAGUUACAGAAACGCUUCAUGUAUUUUUGCUGAUUUCAUUUUUCACUUCAGUCGACAUCUUAUUUCACGAGGAAAAGAAAUGGAGAUGGAUCUUAAUGAUUUUGUCCAUUGCAUUAUCUUGUAACACUUAGCCAAUGGAAAUAAUCGAUCUGCGACCCAUGAACAAUUUUGAAAUGGGCGAUUCAGUGUAUUAUUGCAUUACUGCUGGAGAUGUGAAACAGUUUUGCGGUUCUGAUGUGUGUGAGAUGGUGGCCGGUUCAUUACUGGAGAAAUCUGUUCUUGGGAUAUUCACGGAGGAACAGAAGCUUUUAAAUUUUGUCAAUAUGAAGUUUAGCUGCAAAAUUUUGAUACCAUCUUUCUGGGAUUGGAGUAAGUCUCAUGAUCAUAGAUAAAGCUUGUCACGUAGUUAUAAUCUCAUUACAACUGUGUUUCCAAUGGUUUGUGAUCAUCCAGUGUAAUUUCAAAAGAAUUAGAUUAAGAAAAUUACAAAACAAAUUGAUAUUGGUGAGGAAACGCUUUCUUGAAUUUAUUGAGUUAAAAUCGAAAGCCUAAGAGAUUUGAUACAGGACGUUGUUAGAAGUCAGAACUAAGCAAUUCAGGGGUGGAGAAAUCAUGGCCCUCGCCCAACAUAAAUAAAUUUUAAAAGAAUAACAAUUGGAGAAAAAGAACGACUAGGGCUGUCAACGAUCAAGUUUUAGGUCAGUGAUUGGUCACCACUGGUUCUGAUGUAACCAUACAUUUGUAUGUUUGAAUAUGUACGAUACGACCCCG